GAAACCAAGGAAUCCUCAAUUCAAGACUUCACUCAAGAACCAAAAUCUCAUCCAAUCUUUCACUUACAAAGUCUCAACUUCUUUGCUCGUUCAAUAUGUCAUCAGCUUCUACGUCUGGCGCCAAGGCACCUCGCAUGCGCAUACGGGAGCUCCUCCCGGAUCUGCAUCUUGGAAACUACAAGCCAGGCCCGCUCAACUCACUGACCGACGUACCAGGCGUUAAGGUGCACACCCAGGAAAUCUUUGCCGACAAUGGUUUCGUCAACACGGGCGUGACUUCCAUUCUGCCACGCGAGGACUGGUUCGACACUGCCUGCUACUCAGGCAUCUUCAAGUUCAACGGGUCGGGUGAAAUGACAGGCAGCCACUGGAUCAACGAGACAGGGCUAUUGCAUACACCCAUCGUCCUAACCAACUCCUUUGCGGUCGGAGCGGCGUACCAGGGGAUCUAUGAGUACACUCUCAAGAAACAGGGCACCACGAAGGGUAAGGUGGAUUGGUUCUUGUUGCCUGUUGUUGCUGAGACGUUCGAUGGGUAUAUGAAUGAUUUGACCCAGUUUGCGGUCAAACCGGAGCAUAUUGUGCAUGGACUGGAGAAUGUGUCCAGUGGGCGGGUGCGCGAGGGAAAUGUGGGUGGAGGUACUGGUAUGCUCUGCCAUUACUUCAAAGGCGGAACCGGCAGUAGCAGCAGAAUCGUCGAAGGAUAUGACAUCAAAGGAGAACCAAAGUCGUACACCAUGGCGGCACUCGUUCAAGCCAAUUAUGGAAAGAAGUCUGACCUACGCAUAUCUGGCGUACCAGUUGGACGCGUCUUGGCUGCGGAUGAUGCGAAAGCUGCAGAGGCAGACACGGCAGUAAAGGCAGCCCAAGAGGAGCUUGUACAAGAAAAGAAUCGCAAGGACGGCAGUAUCAUUGUGAUUCUGGCAACCGAUGCCCCGCUUCACCCUACGCAGUUGCAACGUAUUGCGAAGCGAGCCACCGUUGGACUUGCCCGUGUUGGUGGUCAAGGGCACAACCCGUCUGGUGAUAUAUUCCUCGCCUUCUCAACCGGAAAUGAAAUCCCAGUAUUGAAGGAUCGUAAGGCUUAUGAUCCGUGGAAGCCAACACCGGUCAAUAUCGAUGUCGUUAAUGACUCGUCUAUCAAUGGGCUGUUUGAGGCAGCUGCUGAUGCUACCGAGGAAGCCAUUUAUAACGCGUUGUGCAUGGCAGAAGAUAUGGUUGGUAAUCAGGGGCAUUUCAUUGAAGCUCUGCCUUUGGAAAGGUUGAAGGAGAUCAUGACCAAGUACAUGUUAGUGAGCGAGUAACAUUCUAGCUGGCCAUCACAAGUGAGCAGGGGAAUAUAUCGACGGCGUUAAGCUUGGGUUGGCAUAAGAAGACGCUGUGGAAGCACAUAAGGUUCCUACCGUUUCUACAAAAUUUUCCAGAGCAGUCACUUUUACAGAGUGUAUGUAGUAAGCCAUGGGGUAGGAAGGCAGGGGCACACACAGAUAGUGGAUUUCUCAGCUGUCUCUCUAGAAACCAAAUAUCAUAACUCAGAAAUUAGCGUGACUAGAGUGGCUCUCCGGAAAUAUCCAAC